GCAUCGGCAGCACCUUGGCCAACAGUCCUGAAGCUCAAGGCUCUGGAGUUGUGAAUCCUGGUGGUGUCCACUCUCCUGUGAAGAGGAUGCGAGCUGAUUCCGUGUGGUUCCAUGUGAUCCCGAAGUCAGAAGAGAUGCUGGAGGAGAUCUCUUGGCUGUUUAGUUCUGGGUCAGAGUACAGAUUCUUCCUGCGAGUCAAUAGUGGACCAGAUUCUCACAAAUGGCUUGGCCUUCAGGACAAGUUCAAAGGGAGGAUUCAAGUGCCCAAUGUCACUUCCCUUAUGAUUGAGAAUUUGACCUUUCAAGACAGCGGGCAGUACAAGGCUGAGGUCAGAGACACAUCAGGAUUAUCAUAUAAUCAGUUUUUCCAGCUCUCUGUCUAUGAGCCAGUGCCUGUUCCUCACCUCAUGGCCAAGUCACCAUCCUUAAUGUCAGGCUGGUGCAACAUCACCCUGGAAUGCAGUGUCACAGAUGCCACUGAGGACCUGAAUGUGACCUGGGAAAGCACAGGCCUGAACAGGGAGCUGAAGAAUGGAAGGACACUGUGGCCAGCCCCCACCUCCUGGACCCUGGAUGUGAGUCUCCCCAUGAGUCAGCCCAAAGCCAGCCUCAGCUGUGUGGUCAGCAACCCGGUGGACCAGAAGACUGCCACCUUGGAGCUUGAUGAUAUCUGUGUCCAAAAAACAGAGUCACAUGGACAGGCUAACAUCACGACAGUCAUUGUCGUGACACUUCUGAUUGUGCUGCUCCUGGUCGCUGGGAUAGUCCUUUGGAAGAAACGUGGAAAGAAGAAAAAGAGCAUAAAGGAGAAAGAGACUGAAGGAGGUGCUGCCUUGCAGGAAGACCAUGGGACUAAUGAUGACGAUAUUGACUAUGUACAGUUGACGCAGCAGGAGACCCAGGGAGGCAAGUAGUGUGAAGGUGAGCAACAUCUGGAAGAGAAAGAAUCUGUCAUGACCAUCUACAGUAAGGUCCAUAACCCAGGCCAGCCCAUGAAGAUCAUCUGAGUGGAGGAAGCAGAGCCUGGCCCCUCUGAGCACCUGCACACUGAGCCUUAUGCCGGUAGGCCUCUGGUUUUUCUAGCUCCUGUCCAACAGCAGGUGUCCUGGUCUGCCUUAUCCUGGUCUGGUGGCCAUGACUCCAAGG